AUGCCAUCACAAAGCCAUCAAGCAGGACAAGCGCCAGGCCAGAGCCAUGGAAAUUUACAAGCACCUUUGAAACCAGAAUUUCUGGAGUCUAGAGACUUUACUGCGUUGGAUAAUCCACCAGAACCAAAGAGAACCCCGGAUCCAUUUGCUCAGAAGAAGGAGUCUAAGAAUGGGGAUUACUUGAGUGAUUUGCUCUCCUCUGUGUCGAAAAGGCUACAGGGGGUGCAUUCGACGAAUACUACAGAUCACAGACACUUUUUCCAGCAGAAAUCUGAGCCAGAAACGUUGCGAGAGCCUCCAGAACACCCGCAAGCCGGGGAAGAGGUGAAAUUCAAGGACUCGUACCAAGACAAACAUAGAGACAGCGACAAGGGAGAGGGAGAGGUACGCUCGAAUUCUAAUUCUAAUUCGCAUUCGUCUAGGUCGGGGUCCAGUGGUGAGAUACCUCCUUUCAAAAGAAGGAACUCGUCGCUAUAUGAGGAUUUCAAGAAAGACUAUUACGAUAAUAUCCAUAUGUUCGACCCUCCAAAUACCUCAAGUAAUCACUCCCCUAAAAUGACCAUUGAAAUAAUUGAUUAUGCUGUUAAUAGCUCCUUUGAUAACUAUGUCAGUCUCCAAAUCAAUGGCAAGGCGUACUUAUUCCAUUUGGUGUACUUGAGAGACAAUUGCACGGACAAGAAGAGCUUUCACGACGAGACGCACCAGAGACUGGUUGAUAUUUUCAACGAUAUCGAUCUCGAAUCUGAUUUGAACGGUGCAGUCGACAUUGAAAAGGGCGAAUUGGUCGUGAAAUGGCGCGAUGGAGCUGUUUCAAGGUUCACCGAACAAUGGCUUUUGAGACAUGCUUACUAUCCUGCCGAUGUCGUUGAGCCAAACGAACAUGUGCAGUUCCCAGAGAAGAUAACUUGGGGAAGAACGAAGUUCGAUAGUUUGAUCCAAAACGGUCAGCAUUUCAAGAACGAUUACCAACAUUUGCAAGACCCCUCUGUAAAGAAGAACAUAUUCCAAGAGAUUUAUCAAUACGGAUUCACGCUUAUCCAAAAUGUGCCCGUCAGUAUCGAAGCUACAAAACAGGUGUCUGAGCUGAUUUCCAUUAUUCGCCCUACCCACUAUGACACAGGUGUUUGGGACUUCACUUCUGAUUUGGCGAAAAAGGACACUGCGUAUACGUCUCUAGCCAUUGAUAUGCACACAGACGGCAACUAUUGGUACGAGACGCCAGGUUUACAAUUGUUUCAUUUGUUAUUUCACGAUGGCGAAGGUGGUGAGACAAGAAUUUGUGACGUGGCUCGCGUUUUAGAAUUGAUCAAAGCCAGGGCUGCAGAAGAUGAAUCAUGGCAAGAAACACUAGAUAUUCUAACCAAACAGCCAAUUGAAUUCCAUCAAUCUGGGGAGCCCGAAAACGUUUUCGUCGAGAAUAGAUUCCCUAUUCUACAAAUCGACGAUGAUGGAAACUUAGUCCAAUGUAGAUGGAACACCAGUGACCGUUCUUCCAUGAUGAAGAACGCCAAAUAUCCUGUCAAUAAAAUAUAUUUGGCAAUGUCAAGAUUUAACGAACUGAUUAACGACACUGUGAACUACGUCAGGUUCCCAUUGGCUCCAGGAACUAUUUUUGUAUUUGAUAAUUGGAGAGUCCUACAUGCUAGAACGGCUUUCAAUGGGAAGAGAAGACUUUGUGGAUCUUAUUUGACUAGGGAUGACUUCAUUGCAAGAUUCAGAUCUUUGCUUUUUGAUCGUGAGCAAUGGUUAAACUCAGUGUAG